AUGAUGGGCAAAGUUGCAGCUUCUGCAUUUCGCUCUCGCAAUAACGAAUUAUGUAAUCUUCAACAAUCAUGCAUUCGGAUUCUCUCCUUCUGCGAAUCGAAUUCGUCGCGCGCUGGUUUACAAAUCCACUGCCCCGUAAUCAAGCAGGGUCUUGUAGAAAAUCUCGAGUUCUGCAACAAUCUUUUAAGUCUUUACUUGAAAACGGACGGGAUAAAGAAUGCACGUAACCUGUUCGAUGAAAUGUCGCAAAGAACAGUUUUUGCCUGGACUGUUAUGAUCUCUGCCUAUACCAAGAGCCAAGAGUUUGUGUCGGCGCUUUCGUUGUUCGAGGAGACGUUAGCUUCUGGAAUAGUUCCGAACGAAUUCACAUUUUCCUCCGUGAUAAGAUCUUGUGCUGGUUUAAGAGAUCUCAGUUACGGAGCUCGAGUUCAUGGCUCUGUUAUAAAGACUGGGUUUGAGGGAAGCUCUGUUAUAGGAAGCGGCUUGACUGAUUUGUAUUCAAAGUGUGGGAGACUUAAGGAAGCUUGUGAGCUGUUUAGUUCUCUUCAGAACAAUGCUGAUACAAUCUCGUGGACGAUGAUGAUAUCUUCUCUAGUUGAAGCUCGUAAAUGGAGAGAGGCGUUGCAGUUUUACUCUAAGAUGAUUAAGGCUGGUGUUUCUCCUAACGAGUUCACUUUCGUUAAGCUUUUAGGUGCGUCUUCGUUUCUAGGUUUGGAGUUUGGUAAAACGAUUCAUAGCAAUGUGAUCAUUCGGGGGAUUCCGAUGAAUGUGGUGUUGAAGACAUCUCUUGUUGAUUUCUACUCGAGUUUCUCUAAAAUGGAAGAUUCUGUUAAGGUAUUGAAUUCGAGUGAAGAACAGGAUGUGUUUCUCUGGACGUCUGUGGUAUCAGGGUUUGUUAAAAACUUGAGAGCCAAGGAAGCUGUUGGUACGUUUCUUGAGAUGCGAGGUUUGGGUUUGCAGCCAAAUAACUUUACAUACUCUGCAAUCUUGACCUUGUGUUCCUCUCUCCGGUCUCUGGUUUUAGGCGAGCAGAUUCACUCACAGACGAUUCAGGUCGGAUUAGAGGACAGCAAUGAUGUAGGAAACGCACUUUUAGAUAUGUAUAUGAAGUGCUCGGCAUCAGAAGUAGAAGCUUCGAGAAUCUUCAGAGAGAUGAUCUCACCAGAUGUCGUUUCUUGGACAAGUUUCAUCAUUGGUCUUGUUGAUCACGGGUUCGAGAAAGACUGUUUUGGACUGUUGAUGGAGAUGGUAAGACAAGGGGUUGAACCAAAUGCUGUUACUCUCUCUGGUGUUCUCAGAGCAUGCGGCAAAUUGAAAUCUCUAAGUCGGGUAUCAGAGAUUCAUGGAUAUCUACUCAGAAGGCACGAAGAUGGAGAAAUCAUAGUAGGGAACUCACUCGUCGAUGCGUAUGCAAGCUCGGAUAGUGUAGCUUAUGCCUGGAACGUGGCUAGGUCCAUGGAGAGGAGAGAUAGUAUUACGUACACGACCUUGGUAACGAGGCUUAACGAGCUGCAUAAGCAUGAAAUGGCACUAAGUGUCAUCAAUCAUAUGUUUCGUGAUGGUAUAGGAAUGGAUCAGUUCAGCUUACCCGGGUUUAUCUCAGCUUCAGCUAACUUGGGAGCUCAUGAAACUGGGAAACAUCUUCACUGUCACUCCGUGAAAUCAGGAUAUUCUAGCUCGGUUUCGAUUUUGAAUAGUUUGAUUGACAUGUAUGGUAAAUGUGGUAACUUGGAAGAUGCAAAGAAGGCGUUUGAAGAGAUAGCUAACCCUGAUGUGGUUUCUUGGAACGGUUUGGUAUCUGGUUUAGCGUCAAACGGUUGUCUCUCCUCUGCUCUAUCUGCAUUUGAAGAGAUGAGGAUGGAAGGAACCGAGCCAGAUUCAGUAACGUUCCUGAUAUUGCUCUCUGCGUGUAGUAACGGAGGGUUAACCGAGAUGGGUCUCGAGUAUUUCCGAUCAAUGAAAGAGAUUCAUAACGUUGAGCCACAGAUCGAACACUAUGUUCUUCUAGUUGGUAUCUUAGGUCGUGCUGGACGACUAGAGGAAGCAAGAGGAGUUGUAGAGACGAUGCCAUUAAGACCCAAUGCUCUGAUCUUCAAAACAUUGUUGAGAGCUUGUAGAUACCAUGGGAAUCUCUCUUUAGGAGAAGAUAUUGGUAACAAAGGCUUGGCACUUGCACCAUCUGAUCCAGCCUUCUAUAUCCUUUUAGCAGACUUAUACGAAGAAUCUGGAAAACCAGAGUUAGCUCAAAAGACUCGUGAUUUGAUGAGCGAGAAGGGUUUGAGCAAGAAGCUAAGCAAGAGCACUGUGGAGGUUCAAGGAAAAGUUCACAGCUUUGUCAGUGAGGAUGUUACUACAGUUGAGAAAACGAAUGGGAUCUACGCAGAGAUAGAUUGGAUAAAGAGUGAGAUCGAGAGGUCAGGCUUUACAUACCGAGGUAGCGAAAACGCAAGCUAUCACAGCGCGAAACAAGCUGCUGUGUUUGGUCUUGUGUACACAUCACCACAAACUCAGGUUCAUGUCGUCAAGAACAAGAUCCUGUGUAAGGACUGCCAUGAUUUUGUGUCCCUCGUGACGAGGUUAGUCGAUAAGAAUAUAACUGUAAGAGAUGGGAAUCGAGUACAUAUCUUUAAGAAUGGCGAAUGUACUUCUUGCAAAGGGGAAGAAACAUCAUUUGUAUUACCAUAG